CCGCGGUGACACAGUCAUGAUGGCCGCCGUGCGUCGGUUUCUGGCUCUUCGAAACAAGUUCACCAGCUCUACAAACGGUUUAAGCCUUUACGUUAACAGCAGACAGUCAUCGAGGGAAAGAGCAGUUCUGAGGCGUGUAGGGACAGGACUGUGUAUCACUGUCGGCGGAUUCACUGUUGCAUACUACAAUUCGGAUCGGGAUCGGGGACACGCAGCUAGUCUGCGUGUAUUGAUUUCUCCGCUCCCAGCCGUGGCUGCAAAAGAGAAGGCCAGUGCAUCUGGUGAAGAUGAAGAGGUUUCGAUGUCUGCUCAUGAACACAGGUUCAGGCUCUUCAGUUCACUGGAGUAUGAUGGACAGCUUUACAUGACUCCCCUCGACUUUAUCGAGUCAGUCACUAUGAGUGAAUCAAAGAAAAAGAGGUUUUGGAGAUCCCUCACAAAACAGGAUCUAGACAAGGUUCUGUCAGAUACGCCACCUGUUUGGAAAGGAUCAUCCCAUCUGUUCCGAAACCUGCGGGAAAGAGGUGUCAUCGCUUACACAGAGUAUCUGUUUCUGCUUUGCAUUUUGACAAAGCCGCAUGCAGGUUUUAAAAUAGCUUUCAACAUGUUUGAUGCAGAUGGCAAUGAAAUGGUGGAUAAGAGGGAAUUCAUGGUGCUGGAGGAGAUAUUCCGUAAGAAAAAUGAAAAGAAAAAAGAGCGGGCAGGAGAUCCUGACAGUCCCUCUCAACUGAGUGUGGAACUGUAUGGACAUCAAGGAUCUGUUACCAGCAAUCAUGAAACAGAAAAUGUCACCGAUACAACUCUGCUGGUGCAUUUCUUUGGAAAAAAGGGCAAAAGUGAACUUAACUUUGAUGACUUCUACAGAUUCAUGGACAACCUGCAGACAGAAGUCCUUGAGAUUGAGUUCCUCAGUUAUUCCAAGGGAAUGACCACCAUCAGUGAGGAAGACUUUGCUCGUAUCCUGCUGCGCUACACCACAGUGGAGAACAUUACAGGCUACCUUGAGAAUGUGCGUCAAAGCAUACCCGAUGAGAAGGGCAUCACGUUUGAAGAGUUUAGGUCUUUUUUUCAGUUCCUCAACAACUUAGAGGAUUUUGCAAUUGCCAUGCAAAUGUACAACUAUGCAAAUCGCCCAAUUGGACAAGGUGAAUUUGCACGUGCGGUCUAUGUGGCCACUGGACUGAAGCUGUCACGACAUCUCGUGAACACUGUUUUCAAGAUCUUUGAUGUGGACCAUGAUAACCAGCUGAGCUACAAGGAGUUCAUUGGGAUAAUGAAGGACCGGCUGCAUCGUGGCUCCUGGGGAUAUAAAGGUGAAGAGAGAUUCACAUCCUUUAAAGCCUGUAUGAAGAAGGAGCUCACUGCUAAAUAGUGAAAGUCCCGCUGAGUGUUUCUCUUCACCCUCACGUCACAUUGAAGAAAUCUCACGUUGGAUUAAAGUUCUCAGUGACUCAAUGCAAUUAUCUACCUGACCUGUCUCAAACUCUGUAAGAUACAAUUACGGCCAUAAUUAGAUUAACACAUGCUACCUCCUUAGACUGUAGUUGCAACUUUGUCACUUGGCAGACACUUUCUGAACACUUUAAAAGCCAUUAACUAAAAGGGAUAACACUUUUAUGAAAUAGCCAUGCUACUUUUAUUAAUCAAAGAGUUAUUUAUUAAAUGUCUUUUAAAUUUAAAUGGGUCCAGUGCCCACAUUUUGGGAUAAAUUAUGUUGAUUAAUGAAUUACAAAGUAGUGUAUUUAUGAUGACAUUACUUCAUAAAUUUAAAGGGAACUGUGUUGAAGUGAAAAUGCGAAUGUGAACAGUGCUGAAUUUUGAUGGAGAGUACAGUUAUUUAUUCUAUUUAUUGAUCUAUUUUGUGUAAAGAAAAGGUUCUCUUGGGUUUUAAUGCCUCUGUAGUGAUGUAUUGGCAAUGCAUUGUUAUAUUUGCUUCUCUAGGAGUUAUAAGCCAGAUAAUUUUUCCUUACAAUGAGCACAUUGCUAACAUAGUUUCUCUGAGCUUGUCCACUGCCCACCACCCAGAUCAGCUUACACAGGGUCUGACAGUGCUGAGUGCACACAGCAAUAAUGAGUCCUCAGUAGUCUCACAAUGUGCUACACAUACAGAGCCCUCUCUCCACCUCUUUCAUGAGUUUCUUACACUGCCGCUCCUUUAAGAAACAUCUUGUGAAGCCAAAACAACAAACGAGAAGAAACUGAAUCCCACUGAACUCUCAUCAGGCCUGAUUUCAUGUAGGUUUAGAGAUUCGACAUCAAUCUCUGUUAAUCAUGUUACAACAGUCUCAACUGACAUAUCUUCAGAAUAUUGACAGUGCUUUAGACUUUAGUGUUGCAGAUUAUUCUUUGAGGUGAUUAAGCAUAUUACAGUUUUUCUGCAUAUUACAGUGUGCAGUUUUUGUUAUCAUUGUGAUAAAUAUAUAAGGGAGACCAGGGCUAGUUGUCACACUUUACUCCAGCGAAUAUUUCUCAGGGUAUGUUUAUUUUUUAAAGUCAACAUCUUUGCAGAUAUUUUAAAGCCUUGGCUGCAAAAAGCCUUUGGAACAUUACCACCAUUAUUGCCCAGGAAACGUUUUUUUCUUUCUAAUUUAUUCGAAUUAAAGUUUUGAACCAACAUAAAACAAGCAUUUAUGUAUCUGGACCUUUUACUCAAAACUUUAUAUUAUUAACUUUUGUGACCACUGCUGCCUUGAGACAAUUAGCUCCGGUAUCACAUUUCUACAGAAUAUAGGGCAUGUUUGAGUCAUAUGUUUUUUUUUCUGUCCAGUGCUUCAUAACUAUACUGGAACAAUUAUUUUGAGACUAUGUCCAAAAUAUUCAAUACCAAGGUUGAUGUCUGCCCUACUACUGCAGUCUUUGGGGUUCCCAAAGCUUGGACUUGGUUUACAUCUAAACAGUUAGAUGUACUUUCCUUCAGUUCUUUAUUGGCUAGACGAUGAAUUCUAUUUCUUUGGAAGUCCACCAAACCACCAGGUAUCUCACAGUGGCUUGUGGAUGCUAUGUACUUUUUGAAGUUGGAAAAGAUAAGAUGCUUUCGGAAUGCCAGUUAUGGUUCUUUUUAUGAUAAAUGGCAACCUUUUAUAACAUUUUCACUCCCUUCAAAUUUUGCCUGUUGACUGAAUUUGUUUGAAUCUUUGAAUCAUCACCUUUCCUCCUCCAGACUUUUUUUCCUUCUUCUGUUGU